GAUAUAUUAUUAAAUCACAAUGUCAGUUGUUGGUAAAAGUAUCUCAAGUCUAAGGAGUGUAAAGAGUGGUAAUGUGGAAAUCACGAGCAAUGAUUCUGGCCACGCCAUGGAUCGCAAGACCCAAAUGUUCGAAAAAAGGAAAACCUUGGAGGCCCGGCGUAAGAGCAAGGGGAUGAAAUCUAUUCGUGUCUCCAUGAUACCUGAAAUGCCUGAAAAUUCAUGGACUUAUAGUUUUUGGACUAUGACAAAACGUCAUCAGGACGAUAAAAAAUUCGUUGAACCUGAGUUUGAGUCGAGACUGGAGGCCCCUUCUAAGGCGGAUCUAUAUCUUGGAAUUGCAUAUUCAUUAAGGAAUGAUGACGACAAGGAGCCAUUCUAUGAUCCUUCUUUUAAACGUCACCAAGUUCCACUCCAUGUUCGAUGUCUGGAGCGUUUUCAGAAAUCCAAAAAAAAGUUUUCCAGCCAAUUUAGAAGGGAACUGAGACUUUUAAUUGAUAAUCAACCAAACGCUGAUUGUGCUUGGCAAUUUGUUAGAACUGUUGCUUAUACAACACUUUGGCCGCCAAUUCAUUCAAGACAGGAGCUUGGAAACUUCGAAAGGGACUUUUUCCAACUAACUCCCAAGGAAAGGGCUCGCCUGGACAAAAUUAUGAAUACUGAAUAUAAUUGAAGUUGGAAUUGUUAAUACAUAUUUGGGAUUUAUAUUUUGGAUAUGUUUGGAAAAAAGAAAGACAAAUUCUAAAGAAAAAUUAAAGCAAGAAUAAAGCU